GGAGGAGGAAGGGGUGGUGAUGGUGGGGAGGAGUCCGUACGAGAGGGUGGCGAGGAUGGCGAGCGGGAACGCGGUGGUGGUGUUCAGCCUGAGCGGCUGCUGCAUGUGCCACGUGGUGAAGCGACUGCUGCUGGGGCUGGGGGUGGGGCCGACCGUUUACGAGCUCGACCAGGAGCGCGGUGGCCGCGAGAUCCAGGCCGUCCUCGCCCAGCUCCUCUCCUCGCCCUCGUCUUCUUCUCCUUCUCCGUCGACGACGACGUCCGCCGCCGCGCAGCUGAACGCGGCCGUGCCGGCGGUGUUCGUGGGAGGGAAGCUGCUGGGCGGGGUUGAGAAGGUGAUGUCGUGCCACAUCAACGGCUCCCUCGUCCCACUCCUCAAACAAGCCGGUGCUCUCUGGCUCUAAUUAAGCUACAUCAAAACUCUCUCUCUCUAUUUUCUUCUUGCUCCUGUACAGAGAAAAUGUCUACUACCCUUUGGCAGUGCGACCGAGAGAUGUUGUUAAAAAAGGGUUUCUUAUCUUAGUAACGUUGCAGGCAUUUCAUCAUUCA